CUCUGCAUUUGAGCGACUCAAAACGAAUUUCGAACUCGCCGUCGACGGUUGUGUCGCUUUUCUCUUGCCUCAAAAAUACUAACCUAAACAAAAUAAAGCUCUGCACUAAAACCGAAAAAAUAUAAUAAAAUCCACAGUAGAUAACUCACCAAGGCAAAGAAAAUUCCUAAGAAGAGGCAGCGAGUGCAGGCGAACAAAAAGUUUAGCAUACUUUUGUGCCCCGUGGAAAAACGCCCACGAGGCAGGCGAAAAUGUAUUAAUCAAGUUGAGUUCGAAUGACAGAGAUUAGCCCACAAGAAACGACAUUUAAGUAAAUUAAGCAGGCCAAAACGAACUUUUUUCGGUGGGUCGCGAAAGGCGUUGCCAAAUCAAAGGCCACAGGAUAAAACAACAAAUUCCUAACUCAAACUCAAACUAAAACCUAGUCGAAGGCACUGAAGAUAGCUAUUUAAAGAUAAAACCAACUAAAACGUUACAAAAAUUAAUCAUACGCACCGUUUAAAAGCACCAAGUAAAAAUCAGACCAAGAGGGAAACCACCAGGAAAAGGCAAGGAAAGUAAAGCACAAACAAAGGAAUACAGCUCUCCAGAGAAGGACCGAAGGCAGCAGCAUCAGCGAAGAACAUUCUGCUGCAUAAAUAAUACCUCGACACACGCACACGUAUACGCCAUAUAGGCCAGGCAUACCAGCAGGAUACCACACACACAGACGGACGGCCAGGACGUGCUCCUGUUCUAUUAUUUAACUGCUUUCAACGUCAGCAGCACGUUCAACCCGACGAAAGUCGGUUGAAAGCCGCCUUCAACGGACCCAGCAUCCCUCUCUCUCUCUUUCUCUCUCUCGAAGAGAGCCAGCGAGUCCUGUGUGUGCGCCAGUGUGCGUGUGCUUGUGUGUGUGACAGCAGGAGCGACGUCAACGUCAAUCCGCUCAAUAUUUAUACAUUGAACCGAGGCUCCUGGCCCACGAGUGUCGCGGCCCUCGCACGCAGACGCUCCUGGUCCUCCGCUUGGGCCCAAAAUAAAUAACAUCUGACAGCUGCCCGGAGUCCUGAGUCCUGAGUCCUGCACUUAACGAGCAAAAAAGCGUAUAGCGAUACCAUUUCCCCCGGAAAACAUCAACCAAACUGAACGCGAUCUUAAAACGAAAACAAAACAAUGGGCGCCAAGGAAAGUGUCGAGGCAGCCGCCAAAAUGAACGCCGAUGGCUGGGGCCAUGUGGAGCGAUCAAGUCGCUACCACAACCAUCGGCACAAUCAGCGCUCACAGUCGCUGAACCGCGGACAGGCGCUCUCGCAGGCGGACGUGAGCGGCAUGUGGUGACAUCGGG